GCCGUAGAAUCUCAUACCGCGCUGAGAAAACCCAAACGGCAGCAGUCUGCGUAGAAGGAAAGAUCCUGAAACGGGUUAGAAGUCUUUGUCCAGGCCGCCCGGUAUAAAAGACAGAUCUUUAACAAUGGUGAAGAUUUUUGUGGGGAACCUUCCCCGAGAGGCAGACCAGGAGGAAAUCAAGGCUCUCUUCACCGAGUACGGCACGGUCACAGAAUGUGCGAUCAUCAAGAACUACGCCUUCAUCCACAUGGAUGACCGCAAGGCUGCCACUAAAGCCAUUAAGAAUCUGCACCUGUACAAGCUUCACGGCACACCGAUCAACGUGGAGGCCAGCCACGGGAAGAACCAGGGAUCUAUCAAACUGCAUGUAGCCAAUGUAGAGAAGGGAGCUGAUGACGAGCUCCGCGCUCUCUUUGAAGAGUACGGCACAGUCUCAGAGUGUGCUGUUGUUAAGAAUUUUGCUUUUGUACACAUGGCCAACUCUGAUGAGGCCAUGGAUGCCAUCAAGGGACUGGAUAAUUCUGAAUUUCAAGGCAAACGCAUCCAUGUCCAGAUUUCCAAGAGUCGCCCCAGACAUGACGAACGGGACGACUACCCUCCUCCUCCCCCAGACAGGGGAGGCUAUUGGCCUCCUCGUUAUCCAGGAGAGAGGCAUGAGCCUCCCCCUCCGCCCAGCUACAUGAGAGGGCGCCUCAGCCAUAUUCCCCCAGGUUACCCUGCCCCUCCUCUGCCACCCCCUCCCCCUAGACGAGCCGUUUAUCCCGAGCGCCCCUAUGAGGGUGAGAGGGACAGAUAUGGUGUGGUAGAUUACUACGAGAAGUACAGAGCCCGUCCGUAUGGCAUCCCCUCAUACGAGGACCAACGUGGCGGUGCCCCUCCUCCCCCUCCCCCUCCAUCCGUCGUCCGAGACCGCCUUAUGACCUCGUCGCACGACCCGUAUGACCGUCGCCCCCUCCCACCUCCCCCUUCCUCGUACUACGCCCGAGACCGCAGUCCCCUAAGGAGAGCGCCUAGCGCACCAAUGCCCCCUUCCAGUAAUGGCUACUCCUACGAGCGCUCCCGACUCUCUCCCAUUUCCCGGGUUCCAGCAUACGGAAUUCCACGCGCCAGGGACCCCUACGCAGAACGGCUGCCCCCGCCACCGCCUGCACGCUACGCUUAUUAAGCCCUGGCAUGUUAAGGAUCGUCGUCCGACUGCGUCGCCGCUCGCCGCCUCCUGAUGCUCGUGACACUAUCCUCUUCCCGUCUGUGGCUGAGCGCGUUGCGUUCUACUGCGAUGCUCACAGGAGGAAAUGAAUUGCCGACGUCCACGUCUGUUUUUAUUAUUUUGGGACAGUUUUUACUAGUUUUUCUCCUCCCUGAUUGUUUUAGUUUCUUACUGUGCUGUAGCAUUUUUUUUUUAUGCUUGACGAUGAAUUAGGCGGAGUUUUUUAAUUUGUACUUUAACGUAAAAAAAAAGAUUAGUAUUCUGAUGUUGUGUGUGACCUUAGAGAGCUGAAUAAUUUCAGCAGCAGUAUAGGCGAUACUUGUGUACAUCUGUAGAUUAAACUGAACUGUAUCAUGUUUGGUAUUAAAUCUAAUCUGCACGUUGGUUCCAUUGUGUUACGCUUUCCCAUCGCAAAAAAAACAAAGCUCCAUAUGGCGUGGCUGAACACUUUUUAACUGCCCAGACAAAUGUAAAAAAAGUAUGUUAAUAGGAAAUUUUCCGCAAAGCGUUCACAUAAACCUGUCCAUUGUCGAACUUGUUUUUAAUAAACGGAGUUGUGCAGUAAUGUUGUCCACAGAUGUGCCCAAAUCAUGCCCAGCGUUAAAAAAAAACAUCACUGUAACCGCUUCAAAUGAUUCGCCAACUCCUAAGAUCUUUCGAAAAAAUAAUCAGCUCUAAAGCAUAAACUUGUUAAGAUCGUCACGCUGAUUAGAGAACCAUCUCUCCACCUGUCUAAAAUGCUGAAGCUUUUAUCAUUCAUGACCUAACCUGUCCCCUUCAGUGCCCAAACUGAAACGGGUUGACUUGGAGUAGCAUCUGGAGACCUGCAGAGGCAACAGGUAAGUCCAGGGCUUCAAGGACAACAGAAGUAUAAAAUACUGACAGCACAUGCUCACAUUCAACUCUAUAUUUCUAGUUUAGACCUAUUUACUACAGAGGUUUGUACUAGUGGAAAUCUAGACAAUUGACUAGUGUUAGUUUGGUUAUUAACAGCUGUAAAUCUGCUCUAUAUCACCAGUGUUGGCUGGGGGAAAAAAGCUACCUAUAUAUUUGACAGUCCUUUUUUAGGCAGUUGCAGUGUUUUCAAGUCCAGCCAGGGUUAAAAUAAGAGGAGCAGUCAGACUAGCUUGUUUUUGUUGAGCUAGAAAAUAUUUUAAUUUGACAUAAAGGACUUCAGACACAGAGGUUUUACAUUUUUACAUCCCCAGAAAACAUGAAGUCGAUUAACGAUAUAAUGGAUUUGCAACAGUAGCUGAUUUUACACAAUUUUCAUUAGUUAUUUGCAUUGUAUUGCUGUUUUGGAAACUGAACUGCAUGAAUAAAAUAAUUAAAA